AUGACCGCCACCGCCGCCACCACCGCAUCGCAGCUCGUUCCGUGGGACGGAAAGAUCAACUGGGCCCUGAAUGGAGCCACCGUCUUCAAGGACUCGGAAGAGGAGCGCCGCGCACGGGUCAACCUGUCCAACACCUUCAACAGGGAGUCGCACUCGAAGCUCUGGGUGUUCCAUUUCGGCCUGCGCUACAUCCCCGCCGACUUCGAGCACAACGUGUACCGCGCCAUCAAGGUCGACAGCCUGCCGUCCGGGGCCGGGCUCUCGCAGAUCCUGCCCCUGAUCCCCGGCGAGAUCCUCUCCGCCCGCCUGCUCGACACCCGCACCAUCACCGGGUCCAAGACCGCCUUCGUCACCUUCGUGCACCAGGCCGAUGCAGUGGGCUUUCUGCACUCCUCCAAGGGCGUCCUCCAGCUGAAGUCCGGGCCGGCCCAGGUCGCGCCGAUCCCCACCCCCAGCUACCCCAUCAGCGCGGACAUGGAGAAGUUGAUCUACGAGAAGGGAUACACCCGGUGCAUCCGCAUCACCAACCUCCGGACGUCGCUGAAGGGGGAUAUCUGCCGUGCCUUGAGCAACGCGUAUCUGGUUCCGCAGAUCGAGAGCAUCCGUGAUGGGCCGGGGGCCGGUGAGAGCCAGCUGCGCUUCUGCUCCAUCAAGGCGGCUGCGGCGGCGUAUGUUCUUCUCAGAGGCCAUGCCAAGUUCGAUGAGUGUCAGUGGGAGUUCGUCAAGGCUGUUCGCCCUAAGAUCCCUCGGAUCGGGAUCUGGGACUAG